AUGGUAUUAUGUUCCUAUUUCUUUUUAACUUCCUAUAUUUUUUUCUUUUCUCCAAUCUCUUCUCUAUUUUUUUUCUCUUUCUUUCCUCUUCAUUUUCUAUUUUUCUUUCUCCUUUUCUACUCUUUUACUCUUUCUAUAUUUUUCUUUUUCACACUCUUUCCUCCUCCCAUACAUUUCUUUCAUACUUUGGUUGUAUCUUUUUCUCCUUCCUUAUUUAGGUAUGUUUUCUUAUUCUUCCUUUUUUUUUUUUUAACCUUCUCAUUUUGCAUAUUUCCUUCCCAUUUGCUUAUAAUUUCUUUUUUCUUUUUCUUAUUUUUCAUCCUUCUCUGCUUCUUUUCAUUGAUUCUUACUUCAUUGGUUUUUCUUCUUCUUUUCUUAAUUAUGUCUAUUUUUUUUACAUUUUUUUUCUAUCUUAUUUUUUGUCUUUUCUUCAUCCAAAUCCUUUUCUUUUUUACAUGUGUUCUCUUUUUCUUCUUUCACUCACUCUUCUGUUAUUUCUCUUUUUGUCUUAAAUUCUGUAUUCCUCCUUUAAUUCUCUGCUUUUUUUUUCACAUUUCUCUCACUUUCACUCUCCCUUCAAUCACUUUUCUCCUUUUGUUUUGCUCUACUGUCCUUAUGUUCCUCCCUCUCUUUCUUUUCUUCUUUCUCUUAGCUUUACUUUUUCUCCUAGUGUCUCUUUAG